GAGAAAUCUUAAAAAUAACUGGUGUGAUAUCGUAUCUGUCAUCUGGCAGCACUGGCAUAUGUUGACAACAAAAUUCAAACUACAUAAUAUAAGCAAACCAACUUCGUCUCUCGCUAAUCGCUUCACAUCCGUUGACCGUUAUUUUCGAUUACCUGAAUCUUCUACCUUUUAUUACCUGACGACCUUGCUUGCUCAACGGAUUUUGUACCUGCUUAAACGACUGACCACGGCUAUUCUCACUCGGACCGGACUCGCUCACAAAAAAUGGAUAAAAAAAAACAGAAGCCUUACUCGGAAUAUGAGAGGCAACUGCUUGUACAGUUGGUUCAGUCAAACUUCAAAGAUUGGCAUUCUAGAGAACAGGAAGACGGACGCCGUUUCCCAAAAAAAGAAACACGAGGCUUGGGAAGAAUUAGCAAUAGAAUUUAAUAACUCUAACGUGUCACAUACUGUAAGUAAUCCACCAACAUACACUAUCUAUAAAUAUCAAUAUGCUGUACGAUAAUUACAAAGAUAGAUAUAUAACUAGAGUAUAGUUAGGUACAAGGAUAGAAUGAGCCAAAGCCAAAGCAAUGCUAAUGUAACCUUGGUGGUAAAUUUUGGUUUGAUAAAAUUUUCAUGUUUGUCAUAUGAACUUUUAUAUUUCAGUACAAUUUUUUUUCGAUUUUAGGCUGAUUCUAAACAAUUAAAAAAGAUGUGGCAAAAUAUGAAGGCAAAAGCUAGGGAUGCCAAAACCCUUGAAGCCCAAAGGAAGAGGACAGGAGGAGGACCAGCACCGCCUGAAAUGGGGCCAAUGGACACUCAAGUGAUUGCAGUCAUGCCACAAAUAAUGCCAUCAAUAGAUGUGCCAAUAGACUGUGACACAUUAACUACAGUAGAAGCUGGUACUGGUUAUGACAACGACGGUGAAAGCUGGAGACCAAAGAGGGCAAGAGUGUCCAGUAUAGAGGCCACACUUGAAUCUGUAAUUCAGCCGGGAACAAGCCAGGACUGGACUGAUGAAGCUGGGUUAACGGAAACCAGUGUUGAGGUCACCACUAAAAGUGAACCCUCUCAGCUAUCAGCUACACCAUCAGCGAUCAGAAAAAAUAAAACUUCAUUUGAGGAUAUUAAAAAAAAAUUGCUGUGGCAAGAGUUAGACAACAACAAAAAAAAAUUUGAGAUAGAAGUGGAACACAUGAAACUAAAAAAUCAGUUAGAAAUCGAAUUUCUUCGACAUAAAUAUAAAUUAGAACUAGAAAUUUUACAGUUUAAAAAAGAAUCUGAAAAUAAAUGAUUAAAAUGAAACAA